UGAAUCUACACUUGCAGUCUGAGCAGGCUGGUGGACGUACCCUCGCCGCCCGCUCCGUGCGCGCCAAAACCAGUGCAGCUCGUGAUAUGACAUGAAGUUAAACAAAAGAUUGGCAUUGUGAAAGUGACAAAGAGCAAUGAGAGACAAGUGAGCGGCGGUUGGAUGUGUGCCUAGCGGGAAGUUGUGUAAAGUGAGACAGAGAACCGUCGCUCGAACCUACGACUAUGGCACACCGUCGCCAGGGUUCCCGCGCUGCCAGGCGUCAGGGGGAUCCCAGCUUCAUCUUCGAGGAUUUCACGGGGGAUCCCAAGGGCCCCGGGCACCCAGGGGCAUCGGCCGGCCCCGGGGGGAAGAGCAAGAUCCCGGGGCCCGUCAAGGACCACCGGGGGAAGUCGAGAGGACCCAAAUCCAAAGGAAAGAAUUCGAGGGACAGGGCCCAAGGUGGGGGUAACGCCGAGGCCAAAGCGGAGAGCCCCGAGGGCCGAGGGAGCCCGGGGGGGCAGAGGAGCGCCGCGCCCGCGCCCAGAGCGGAGGAGGCGAGUCCCGCAAGUAGACCUCUCACUAACGGUGUGAACUCCGACAGGAAACCAGUGUCGCUCUCAGAACCACAGAACCACGCUGUUGAAAGGGAAUUAAAAUCAAUUACUGAACCCCUGGAGGAAUCGGGAACUGACACAAAGAAAUCGUCUUCGGAAACAAAUGGCAAAGAAGUGAAUUCUGUAGCUACUCCGUUGAUUGACAAUUCUGAAUCUCCUGAAGAACCAGAGACUGUUUCCAUAGAACCAUCCUCUUCAGUUUUUGAGACUGUAGAAGAACCGGCAGAUGAAAAAGGUUUGCACAAUUCAGGACUACUUAAUAAAUCUGAACAUAUUAGUGAGACUGAUAUAAAAACAUCAAAAGUUAAUGAUAUGGAGCCUAAGCAGUCAGAUGACGAUCGCGGUGAAUCUUCGGUACUCUCUAAAGCAGAAAAUAGUCCUGCUGAACCGAAGAUCCUCAAAGAAGCGGAGGUCGACAACUCUGAAACCUUUAGACACAUUGAAAUUAAUUACAUGGAUCCUGUGCAGCAGCUUCAGACGAUCGUAGAGGAGACCAGAGACCCUGAAGCCACCGGCGCAGAGUCACAAAAGGAGCAGGAAGAUAACGAAAGCAAGGAAAGUUCAGAGACGGAAGAGGGUGCGGGAAAGACGAUGGGAGAAGACUCAGGGCAGGCGCAUCCGCAGUCUGCUCGCGAGAGAAAAACGAAGAUCCCAGGACUCUUGAAAGAACCUAAUUCGAAGGGCUCGGGGAAUAAAGGACUGCGAGUGACCUUUGACUUGAGUAACACCCAGGAGAAGGACGAGAAUGUGAUUGACAGCUGGGAGGACCUGAGUGAUGCGGAUGGCGGAGAUUUGGUUAUAGACGAGGAUGAUAUCAUCGACUGUGGAGUGAAGCUGUCAACAAUGGAUGAUCUUCUGGAUCUAGGAGAGGGCCUGGACGUCGAAAGCCCACUGACUUCCCCUGAAAGCGGAAAGCCUAACGAGAGUAUACAGUGGUUCAGGCCUAGUGACGAGUUCCGGUCAGAGCCUCUCGAUGGAAAAGCCUCGAACAAGGCUGGUGAUGGAAGUGGCGAUGAUAAAGCUAUUCCAGGUGUGGAUGAUGUCAGACCAGGUGCGUCGGGGGCGAAAGAUGACGAAAAGAAUUCAGGUGACAAUACGCCUAUUCUCGGAGCUGACAUUAUUCCACUCAGUAUCUCCGUUUAUAACGAAGCGAAUAAUAGUGUGGAAAUUCCCUUCAUUGACGGUGAAGAAGAAACCUGUGUUGAUGACGAUGACGAUGAAUGGGAGACGGAGCCCAGCGGAGGCAGCAGCGAAAAUGGAAACAGUGAUAAGGUUUUGAAUGUCGAAUGCAGGAAAGAGGCUCCUGAUAAAGUAAGUGAGGGAGAUGAUGAAAGAAAUUCACAAAGAGAAGAAAAAGAAGAACAGCCGGGAAUGCGGGAGGAAGAGGAAGACAGGACUUUAGUAGACCAGCCAAGCAUAGAAGAAGAUAACAGCGAGAAGGAUGACGACCUAAUCACCAAGGAAGACAUCGACGUCGUGUUCAUGGCACUUGAGGAAAGCCCAGUUAAGGGAGAGACUGUUCCUCUGGCGACACCGGAGAUCCUGAGUCCUAUUGGGAUGGACGCAAGUCCUCCCCAGAAGACACAGUCUCGUGUGUUUGUCGGACCUCUGCCACGCCCCGAACACACGUACGCUUGGGACAGGCCAGGGUCACCUCAAGUGUCGAUAGGAUACGAGUGUCAAGAAAGGAAGGCCGCAUCUGUCUGCAGUUCUGAGACUGAAUCUGACGGAGAGUUGGUACCGUGUGAGGACAAAUGCAUUGGUACUGCGGACUUCCUGGUGGAGAGUGACUCCGAACCUCUUGAUCUCAGCAGCAGCAGCAAUGACAGAACAUCGUCAGUUUGUGACACGCUGUCAUCACAGGGUCAGGACGCUGUGGAAGUAAGGGGUGUUGGUAAGAAGGCAAGUUUGGCACCAGAUGACGACGUACAUACCAAAGAUGCCAACAGUGAGAAAGAUACUUUAGCCGUUUCCGACGUCCAGCCUGAUAGCUCUUCACCCUCGUCUGAUGGCCAGGAGGAAGCGAAUUGUGUAGGGAAGUCAGAGAGCGGGAAAGAGAGUCAGAUAAACGGAAAGAAGAACGGGAAGAAGAAAGGUAAGAAAAAUAAAAGGGAGGUAAUCGCGGAGCCAGCGCCUGUGCCAGAACACAUUCUAGGGAGGCCAAAGCUGGUUCGUGGAAGAAGCUGGAAGGAAAAGCGAGAGCGAUUCAUGAAGGAAUACCAGGACCCCCUCUCCCUCUCAUUUGGAAAGGAGCUGUGCGAGUCUGAGAUUGUGGAGGACACAUCAAACCUGCUCACAGAAACGUGCACUGAAGACAGCCUGGAGGCACUGCCCAAGAGCUCGUCAGAGACGGCCCUGGUUAUGCUUCCAUCCAGAACGGAUCCUCUAGCAACCGCAGUGAACGAGAGCAGCCCCAGUAUUGCAGCUGAUGUUUGUGCUCCCAAUCUCCCCGAGGUUAAUAUCGAAGAUGAAGCACUGUGGAUCAGCCGCAACAUCGUCCCACCGCCUCCCAAAGUGGCCAUCGAAGUGACAGCUGCGAGAGGACCCUUCCCAGUGUUUUCUACUUCUGAGACUGAAUCUGACGGAGAGUUGGUACCGUGUGAGGACAAAUGCAUUGGUACUGCGGACUUCCUGGUGGAGAGUGACUCCGAACCUCUUGAUCUCAGCAGCAGCAGCAAUGACAGAACAUCGUCAGUUUGUGACACGCUGUCAUCACAGGGUCAGGACGCUGUGGAAGUAAGGGGUGUUGGUAAGAAGGCAAGUUUGGCACCAGAUGACGACGUACAUACCAAAGAUGCCAACAGUGAGAAAGAUACUUUAGCCGUUUCCGACGUCCAGCCUGAUAGCUCUUCACCCUCGUCUGAUGGCCAGGAGGAAGCGAAUUGUGUAGGGAAGUCAGAGAGCGGGAAAGAGAAAACGUGCACUGAAGACAGCCUGGAGGCACUGCCCAAGAGCUCGUCAGAGACGGCCCUGGUUAUGCUUCCAUCCAGAACGGAUCCUCUAGCAACCGCAGUGAACGAGAGCAGCCCCAGUAUUGCAGCUGAUGUUUGUGCUCCCAAUCUCCCCGAGGUUAAUAUCGAAGAUGAAGCACUGUGGAUCAGCCGCAACAUCGUCCCACCGCCUCCCAAAGUGGCCAUCGAAGUGACAGCUGCGAGUGACGAGGACGAGAGCGACUUCCACAGUGUUCAUGAGAAGGAAGAUUUCUACGUAGUGAAGGCUAAGGAGACCGCGAAGCCCCUCGAGGCAAAAACGGAAUAUGUAGGUGAUAGUGAGUCAAGUGAUGAGGGGCCCCAACGGCCUCAUGAUCAGAAGGCUCCGGAAGAAACGUCAGCGUGUGAGGUGUGGGCUUCGAGUACGCCUCUCAUUGGUAUUUCCUUAGACGGGAGUCAGUUAGUUAAAGAGAAAAGCCAUGACAUGUCGGAGAGUCCCAUUGACAGUAGUGAUAAUUCGGCGUACACAGAUGCUAAGGAUAGUUCAUGCGCGGAAAGCUUACCCCAUUCGUAUGAUUAUGUUCGGUCUUUCCCGGAGGUUAUAGGUACUCAGUCGUUAAAUCUCGUAUAUUCCUAUGACACAGACUCAGACUUUAAUUCCAAACCAGAUCAGUGGAGCUCAAGAUCAAAAGACACAAGUUUGGUUGUGAAUGGCCGGGGGAAGAACGAGUUGGAGAAAGCAGGCCCCGAUGUGCCUGCAGGAGAGAUAGUGUACGAGGGACCGUGUUCUUGUCGCCCAGGUGAGUCUCGCGUGGGACCCCUCUUGCCUUCAUAUCUGGCUCCCACAGUGGGUGUGGGGAUGAGUGUAGGUAGCCAGGACUCGCCACUCAGUGUUCCGUCUCUCUUCGAAAGUGACCAUGACGACGUUUUCUCAGACGACGCCAUGAAGUUGGUGGUAGACAGUUUAGUGAACGAGGAUAGUGAGACGCUGCAGGACUCUGCGGGCGAUAAUGACGCGAAUGGCUCAGAUAUCCGCUCGAGGAUUAAAGAGAUUGUAGGCCCGCGACUUCAGCGAGAGCGAGGGAGGCCGACGGCGAGAGGGGGACGAGAUGAGGGCGAUCAGGGAGGCGAUGAGCACCUUCUGACGAGUGGAGAGAGUCCACGGGGAGGCCGGGAGGAGUCACCCCUGCCAGGGUCCUCUCCAGCGUCUAGCUCAGGUGUUCAAGGUUCCGACGAGAUGUCCCUCUCCCGCUCCCGCUCGAGAUCUCCCGCCUCGAAGGAACUCGCAUCCGCGAGUGUCAUCCCCGCUCCCUACCCGCCGGACAUGAUUUUCGAGGGCUGUCCGUUGCAGCCAGAGCUAACCCCAGACAAGAUGGACCCUGCAGAAAGUCUGAGGGCGUUGAGGUUCGAGUCAGGGCUGGACUCAAGCCCUGAAAAGCCCCAGCAGGUGGACUGCAGCUUUAGGACAUUCAGGGACAUGUAUCAAAUCAACCCCGUUUACCUAACGGACUCGGACGACCCCGAGGACCCCACGGAGUCCGAGACGAUAGUUCAGGGGCCAGGGGGUUGUGACCUCGACAGGUCCAUCACUGUCAAUAACAGAUUAGUGAUUUCUGGAAUCCACAUUCUGCUCUGCAUCUCAUUUUGCCCUCCACACUAA